UUAUUCUCUCCAUCUCUCGAAGAGAUCUCUCUGUUCUUCUGCUUUGGUCGGAGAAGUGUUAUCACCAUGGUCGGAAUUCUCCUGGGUUUGCCUGGACAGUGGGCAGAAGAUGAGCUCGAGUCUUCUGAUCACUACACAACUAAAAUCGGAGGUCUUCCGGAUUGGCCGCCAUUACCAGAUGAUGUAAUGAGAGCAGAGCUACUCAAUUGUACUUCAUGUGGAAGUAAACUCUCUCUCGUAGCUCAGGUUUACGCCCCAAUCUCAACUGAAAACUCGGAACGUACUCUCUAUAUAUUCGGUUGCUUGAUGAUGCCUAAAUGUGGAGCUUCUGAACAAAGCUGGAGAGCUUUAAGCGUUCAGAAAGCUGUAAAGGAGAAAGAAUCUAUUGAAACAGAGGAUCUUCCUGUUGCUUCACCUAAGGAUACACCUUCUAAACCUCAUUGGCUAGACGAUGGUGAUGAUGAUGAUGAUGAAGAUUUUGAUUUUGAGAGUUUAGCUAAAGCCAUUGCGGAAGCUGCUACCACCGUUGCAUCCAACUCUAAGAAACCUAAGAGCAAACCAAGCGGCAGUACUAGCACAGGGACUAAAGCAAAGCCUUCGCCUUUGAAAUCUGAAACAAGAGUUGUGGAUCAGGUUAAAGUCGAGACUGGCGCGGUUCUUCCCUGCUUCUACAUUUAUACAAAGGAGGAGAAAGUCUCAAUAAAAGAUGUGGAUCGUGUCUCCGUGAGUUAUUCGUCUAUGUCCAUUAAGGAUAAAGAAACCAGCGAGAAGAAGGACGAGAGUGAAGCUGAAGAAGCUUGGGAGGAUGAGAAGUAUGAAUAUGACAAAGCCUUGAAUGCAGAUAGGACUUACCUUAAGUUCCAAAAACGACUAGAUGCAAACUCUGAGCAAUGUUUCAGGUACUCAUAUGGAGGUAAACCAUUACUGGCCACGGAAGACCUGAAGUCUCCUGAGAAGUGCAGGCGCUGCGACUCUCCGAUGGUGUUUGAGAUGCAACUCAUGUCUCCUUUGAUUUAUUUUCUGCAUGAGGCUGUUGUUGAUGAAGGGCUCAAGCAGUCAUUGGAUAACUGGGACUGGAUGACACUUAUUGUCUACACUUGUUCCAAGAGCUGUGCAACGUCUGUGACUGGGGAUUGGAUUGUUGCUGAGGGGUGUAUAGCAGUACAGAAAGAGAAGCCAAUGAAUCUUGAUCAUGCUAGUUUCUUCAAAUGAAGUGAUGCUUUGAUUGGCUGAGAAGAUGUGGUUGUGUGUUUUUCUUUGUUUAAACAUAUACGAGACAAAAACGAAUCUUUUUUUUUCUGUGUAAUGACUAAUUAAUAUUGGAUUGUUUUCGAUUAAAA